AAUAAGCUUAGCUGAUAGAUAAAAUGUGGAAAUUAACCCAGAGAGCGAUGGCUAGUAGACGGAUGUGACGUGCCCGUGUGAUUCCACUGCUAGCUGCAAAGAAGACAGCACGUAUCACUUUAACUCUGACUGAUUAACACUAUAUUAAGGAUCCAGCUAGAAAGAUGCUGAUUGAAAUCGAAUGUGAAAGCCAGCUGAUGGACAUCAUCAAGUCCAGUGGGAACACCUUGGUAGUGGUGGACUUCUAUGCCACUUGGUGUGGCCCAUGCCGUGUGAUCGGUCCCUUCCUAGAGAAACUCGAACAAGAAUUUCCACACGUAAAGUUUGUCAAGGUGGACGUCGACGAGUAUGGGGAAUUUGCUGAGCAAGAAGGCAUCGAGGUGAUGCCAACGUUGUAUUUCUAUAAGAAAGGCAAGAAGGUAGACGAAAUGGCCGGGGCUAACCGUGACAAAUUACGAGAGUUAGUAACGAAAUACGCUGCUGGGAAGUAAAAUGACAUACAUUUUGCACGGCAAUCUCCGGACAGGAAUACCUCGACAAUACUUGCGUUAUUCUUACCGUGGCAAGUUUUAUUUCAUAAUUCCACAUUAAAGGCAUUCCAGAAAUAAGGGCCCAAACAAGAUUCAGUAACCAAAAGAGCUCACUUACUUGUUUGCUGUCAUAUCUGAUUAACUGUGUUGGCACAGAAACGAUGCCAUCUGAGUGAUGACAAUUAUUCCCUACUGAAAUUUUCGCUGGGCAGAAAAUUGUCGAGAAUUAGCCAGAUACAUAUCUGUGAAUAUCUAGUAUUAAAAAAUCAAACUGUAGCCCUAGUAAAAAAAGUAUAGAAACGCUAUGUU